CCUAAUCCUCUGCCGCAGCUCUAGCUCAGUGCUGCUCCGCAGCCCCUGCCUGCUGCUACAUCCCGUGCCCUACUCGGUCUUCACUGCAGAGACCCAGCCCCACGGAGCCAACGCCUGUUCUGGGGAAGGCAGAACUGGACCGAAGUUCAACUCAUCCAGUCCUAGCAGGCCAGUACUUUCACCUCUGUCUUGGCUCCUCCCUUCUCUCCCUUCUUCUCCUUUUCUUUCCUCCCUAGUCCUUGCUACUUGAGUCCCAUCUCCAUCCCCACCACUACCCUGCUAGCCCUACAAAACAGCUUCCCCAGUCAGCAACUCCCCGGUCCCUGGUCCAGCCAUGAAACCUCGCUCCGGACUGGAGGAGGCCCAGCGGCGACAGGCCUCAGACAUCCGGGUGUUUGCCAGCAGCUGCACAAUGCAUGGUCUGGGCCACAUCUUUGGCCCUGGAGGCCUGACCCUGCGCCGAGGGCUGUGGGCCACAGCUGUGCUCCUGUCGCUGGCGGCCUUCCUCUACCAGGUGGCUGAGCGGGUUCGCUACUAUGGGGAGUUCCACCAUAAGACCACCCUGGAUGAGCGUGAGAGCCACCAGCUCACCUUCCCAGCUGUGACUCUGUGUAAUAUCAACCCACUGCGCCGCUCACGCCUCACACCCAAUGACUUGCACUGGGCUGGAACAGCGCUGCUGGGCCUGGACCCUGCUGAACAUGCUGCCUACCUUCGUGCACUGGGCCAGCCCCCCGCACCACCUGGCUUCAUGCCCAGUCCGACCUUUGACAUGGCACAACUCUACGCCAGAGCCGGCCACUCCCUUGAGGACAUGUUGUUGGAUUGCCGAUACCGUGGCCAGCCCUGUGGGCCUGAGAACUUCACAGUGAUCUUUACUCGAAUGGGGCAAUGCUACACCUUCAACUCUGGUGCCCACGGUGCAGAGCUGCUCACCACUCCAAAGGGUGGUGCUGGCAACGGACUGGAGAUUAUGCUAGAUGUACAGCAAGAGGAGUAUCUGCCCAUCUGGAAGGACAUGGAAGAGACCCCGUUUGAGGUGGGGAUCCGAGUGCAGAUUCACAGCCAGGAUGAGCCCCCUGCCAUUGACCAGCUGGGCUUCGGGGCAGCCCCAGGCCAUCAGACUUUUGUGUCCUGUCAGCAGCAGCAACUGAGUUUCCUGCCACCACCCUGGGGUGACUGCAAUACCGCAUCUUUGGAUCCCGACGACUUUGAUCCAGAGCCCUCUGAUCCCUUGGGUUCCCCCAGACCCAGACCCAGCCCUCCUUAUAGUUUAAUAGGUUGUCGCCUGGCCUGUGAGUCUCGCUAUGUGGCUCGGAAGUGUGGCUGUCGAAUGAUGCAUAUGCCUGGAAACUCCCCAGUGUGCAGCCCCCAGCAGUACAAGGACUGCGCCAGCCCAGCUCUGGACGCUAUGCUGCGAAAGGACACGUGUGUCUGCCCCAACCCGUGCGCUACUACACGCUAUGCCAAGGAGCUCUCCAUGGUGCGGAUUCCCAGCCGCGCGUCAGCUCGCUACCUGGCCCGGAAAUACAACCGCAGCGAGUCCUACAUUACGGAGAAUGUACUGGUUCUGGAUAUCUUCUUUGAGGCCCUCAACUAUGAAGCGGUGGAACAAAAGGCGGCCUAUGAAGUGUCGGAGCUGCUGGGAGACAUUGGGGGACAGAUGGGACUGUUUAUUGGAGCAAGCCUGCUUACCAUCCUUGAGAUCCUCGACUAUCUCUGUGAGGUGGGAAAGAACCCCAGACACCACGGGGAAGAAUCAGGUCACCAGUGUCUAAAAGGGUGGACUGGCUACCUUACUCCUGCCACUUGUCCCCAGGUUUUCCAAGACAGAGUCCUGGGGUAUUUCUGGAACAGAAGGAGCGCUCAAAAGCGCUCUGGCAACACUCUGGUAACACUCUCUUUGCCUUCCCCCACCCCUAACAUUGUAGGCCUCACCCCAAACAUUUGGUCCAGGAGCUAUAAGUGCAGCAAUCUUGGCUGCUCUCCACCUGACUUUCCCUCUUCCCACAGCUCCAGGAAGAGUUGAAUGGCCAUCGAACACAUGUUCCCCACCUCAGCCUAGGGCCCAGGUAAUAUGGAAUAUUCCAUAUAAGGGGGACAGGACAGGUUGAAAGGAGGAAGUUCAAGUUCAGGACAGAAUAGGUGGAGGGGUCCUGCCCCAGUGCUAUCUGUGGCUUGUCCCAUCAGGCCUCCUACCACUCCCUGUGCUGUCACCAAGACACUCUCUGCCUCCCACCGUACCUGUUACCUCGUCACAAGGCUCUAGACCAGCUUGGCUGCACUGUGACAUCUUGGACAUGUCCAGCCUGUAUAUCUUUGCUGUCUCCACCCUAAUAAAGCUCUCGUACAUGUGC